UAGCAAUGGACGCGAGCCUCAUUACAUCUCAAAUGAACGAAAGAUUUGAAUGCCUUCGGGAGCAGAUCUUUGCAGAAGUGAGAUCAAUGACACAAGGAAUACAAAUGAGAGUUGAUACUAUAAACGAUAAAACAAGGAAGAGUGUUCUAUUAUCAGAACUAAUUGAACAAUCUCAGUUUGAUAUCGAGGAGGGGAAUUUACUCAAAACCUUAAUCAGACUCUGAAACCAAACUUUUGAGAAGACCAUUUCUUCCAUCCAAAUAGAGUUAGAUGAUCACCGAAUAAGACUUGAUGAUUCGGCUAAGAACCAAGAGAAGAAAAUCGAUGGAGUCCUGAGUGAUUAUGAAAGAUUAGAGAAUAAAAUUAAAGACCAAGAAUGGGCGACCAAGCUUCAUUCUGAAGUACUCUCAUCAAAGGCAGAAACGGCAAGUGUAAAAUAAAAUUGAAAACAUGCUGCAUUAUUACUGUGAAAUGGAAAAAUUCAAGGAUUUUGAAUGCUCUGUUUACAAAGAAUUCUCAGCGUUAAAAGACGAAAUGGUUCAACAUAAUCGUGAUACCUCCCAAGAAAUGGCUUACUUUGCUAAGAAGUUUGAAGAUUCUCUAUUUGAGAAGCAAAGAGACAUUAUUACAUCUGUAAAUAAGCGCUUAGAAUCUUUUACUGAGCUAAAAACAUACCAUGAGCAAGUUGGAGCGAUAAAAGCUGAGAUAGAAGUUAUCCUUGCCAAAAUACAACUAGCUUCAGAAGACCUUAAAGAGAUCAAAACAAUUUCUGAUUCCAUAGACUGAAAGCUUAAGGACAAGGUCGAAAAUAAUGACUUUGUAGAAAAAAUUGAUGAAAUCCAAAAGCAAUUCCAAAAAUACGCUCUAUAUUCCGAAAUCAAAAGAGUUGAAUUAAAAAUUGACCCUAUCAUUGAUGACAUCAACAAGAAAUUGGAAUAUUACGAAAGUGACAAUAAAAUGAACAAACACAUAAUUAGUCGUUUUGAUGAAGUCCUGACCAGUAAGGCAUCCAAGUUCUCCAUCGACCAAAUCUACCUAAAUUUUGCUGAAUAUAUGAGCAAUGAAUCUUUCAAAAAGUUUGAGCAAAGUCUGAAAAAUGAUACUCAGACUACACACAAGAAGAUAAACGAUAUGGAAUCAGACUUAGAGAGCAUGAAGGAUUAUCUUAGGGAGGAAGUCAAGAAAUCAAUGAGAAGAGCUCUAGGAAAUCUAAACUCUCAUAUUAUCAAUCUUGCUGGCGGAAGGCCGAUUAAUGAUAUCGAGUUUGAAGCAUGCCUAAGGCUUAAAGCAGACAAGGAAGAAACAGAUAAACUUGAUUAUAAUAAAGCUAACAAGGAGGAAAUGACGAGCACUCUUGAGAAAAUUAAGAAGCUUGAGACUCAACUUAAAGACGCCACUGUACUUUUUAUGGAAUGUGUAAAAGAUAAUAUCUUCUUGCAAAAUGAAAAUAAACAUAAAGUGAUCAACCGGAAUGCAUCUUUGUUCCAGCAGCUGAAGACUAUUCAUAAGUGGAUCAACCAAGAUGAGAAGACGCAUCCUAAAAUUAUUGUGCAGAGAAAGCAAGGAAGAGAGAAAAGCAUGGUGUUGCCAGAAACAGCAAGUAAAUUAUUAAGACGUAAAAGGAAGCGCAAUUUAGUGCUAAAGAGCCCUGAUCCAAUAAGACCUGCUCGUAUUCUUCCCAGUACUUAUGAAGAAUCUUCAACAAUGGAAACGAAGGUUAGCUUAAAAAAUUCUUCCAGAAAUUUGGACAAGUACCGCAAAUAUAGAAUUUGCAGUCCACCUAAAGAUGGCUUUUGAAAUCCAAACAGCAUGCCUAUUGAAAUCCAAAAAUUGAGUUUACUUAGAACUUUAGAAAAGAAAAGCAGAACUUUUUCUCCAAUGCACGUAAGUGAUAAGAAGUUGUUUCUUGAUGGUCCAGGGAGUGCUACGCACCCAAAGAAGUUUGGUAGGAUCAUUAUCAAGAACAAAAAAGCUCCUCCAAACUCCUCUCUGGAUGAAUUUUAAUAUAAGUUUAAGUUAUAAU